GUGCUUGAUCCAAUCCAGGCCUACGGUAUUGGUGGUCCAGCCAUUAUCAGUGGUUGCGAUGCACCAGUCGGCUGGCAGGUUGCACUCGGUAUACCAGUUGGCGAGGUAGUACUGCGCGGCCAAGAUGAUGAAUGGGGGGAUAGCCCAGCCAAGGGCAUUGACUCCCUGGAUUACCGUUGCCCAUUCCCGGUUGCCAGGCUGGGCCAGCUUUGCCUUACUACGGCCAUCCGAGGUCGUAACUACCAUGCCCGCGAAGAUGAUGCCCAUCAUAAACCCAGUCUCGUCGAAGUUAUAGAUAUCAUCAUCCACAAUGCCGUACUUGGC